AUGCCGUCACACCUCACUCACCAGCCCCCCCAACCCCAUCACCUCGACCACCUCGACCACCUCGACGGCAUUGAGCACACCAACACAGCUGCCCCUCCGCACCCCAGCGACCCCCUCUACUUCACCGUUGCCCCCCACGACAGCAGCUCGCAGUCACCGCUGACAGGUCACGACGCCAACUUCCUCGACAACCUACUGCCUGCUUACCGGCCCGAUCAGCCCGGCUCGCCUUGUCCCUUUUAUAACGAGGCGCGCAUUGACGACUACCACGCACCCACGCCGCCGCCACCGCCACCGCCGUCGAGCACGUCCAACUUCCUCGAGAGCAUCCUCAACCCAGCAGGCCUUGACCACGGCCGAUAUUCGCCCUUUGUCUAUCGGCCCUCCCCACCAGCACCAAGUCGUGUUCGAGCUGUCCGAAACAUGCCACCCAACACGCGCGCGAACGGACAGGAUGCACAGCAAUCUGGCCGCCUGUCCAACGGAUACGUCGACCUCACAGCCACGCCCGACUCGCCGCCCCGGCGAAGAAAGCGCGGAUCGUCAUCGCCAGGCCCCUCUGCGAAGCGGGCAAGACGAAAUGGGGGACGUGUUGGAGAGGCUGCAGAGGGACAAGAGAUAGAAGAGGUGGAUUUGACCGACGACUCCAUACCAGUAGCCCAAGUCCUGCAAAAGCAGCGCCUCGAUGCCGUCAAAGCCCAGGCCAAGCCAGAAGAGACGAAGUCGACGUUCAACACCUUCACCUGUGUCAUCUGCAUGGACAGUCCGACGGAUCUCUCUGCCACCGCAUGUGGCCAUCUCUUCUGCCACACAUGUCUCAUGGAAGCCCUCAUCGCAGGCGAAAACCGUGCCGGUCCCGGGGAAACGAAGCGCUCUCAGUGUCCCGUGUGCAGAAAGGUUCUGAUGCGCAACAAAUCCACAGAUGUCAUACCGCUGCUGCUGAUGAAAGGGCUGGCCACACAGCCGAGGAAGAAGGUGGCUGUUGCCAGUGCUGCUGCUGCUGCUGCAAAGGUUCCAGGGCAUUCGAGCACUCAUUGCACUCCAACGCCCUUGUCUUUCACUCGUCCUCUUUUCGAGUGUUCCCCCUUCCUGUCUCCGAAAUCCAAAUCUCCCCCACCACCGGCAGGUUUUCUCACCAUGUCCAAACAGACGUCGACAGUCGCCAUCAUCGGCGCCGGCACUGUCGGCGCAACCAUAGCCUACUCGCUCAUCAUGAACCCCUCGGCCGGCGAAAUCGUACUCGUCGACCCAAAAGAAGAGCUCCGCGACGCCCAGGUCCAGGACCUCAGUGAUGCCACCUUCCACGGCAACACCACGGUGCGCAUACGCGCGGGCACGCACAAGGAAGCCGGCCAAUGCGACAUCAUCGUCAUGACGGCGGGCGCGGCCCAAAAAAAGGGCGAAUCCCGCACCGACCUGAUUGGCAAGAACAAGAAGAUUCUGCAGUCUGCCAUCAACGACAUGGCACCCUUUCGCCAAGAUGCCAUUUUGCUCAUCGUCGCCAAUCCCGUGGAUAUUCUGACGUUGUACGGGCAGCAGUACUCGUCACUCCCGCACGCGCAGGUGUUUGGGUCCGGCACCUUUCUCGAUUCCGCACGGCUGCGCGGCGAAGUGGCAAGGGAGACGGGUGUGGCGGCGAGUAGCAUCACGGCAUACGUGCUUGGUGAGCACGGCGAGUCGCAAUUCAUACCUUGGAGUCUGGCGAGUCUAUCCGGCGUGCCCCUGUCGUCUGCACUCAUGCCCGGCUCCAGCACACUGGACAAAGAGGCCCUGGCAAGCAGGGUGAAGAACAAAGCAAGUCGGAUCAUUGACAGCAAAGGCUCCACCAACUAUGGGAUUGGCGGCGUCACGGCCAGUCUGUGCAAGAGCGUGUUGUGUGAUGAGAAGGUGAUUCGGGCGGUUAGUGUGUUCAAGCAGGAAUUGGGGUGUUGUCUGAGUGUGCCGGUUGUGCUGGGGAGGAAGGGGGUUGUGGGCGUGCUGGAGAUGGAGGUUAGUGAGGAGGAGAAGGCGGCGAUGGAGAAGAGCGCAGAGGCGAUUAGGGAGGUUAUGGGGAGUGAGAGUUGA